UAUCAAAUUGGCGUCAUAUGCUGAUAAUAACAAACGAUGUUACUAAUGCUAUAGUGUAAACGUUAUUACUUUGAUGCGUGUUUGAAAAGGUAUUCGUGAACAAAUUGUAAACCACGUACAGCUAGGAACUACUUUAUAACGCGCAAGUACUUCUGGUGGGUGUUGUUAGGCUAUCGCACAUGUUGAUUCAUAUUUCAGAAUAAUCCCUGCCUCAGUCGAAAUUGUGUGGAAGACAGCAUUGUCUGCCAAUAUUUUCAGCGUUAUCUGAAUAGUGGCAGAUAUGGCAAAACAAAUAACACAAGAGACAUUUGACGAUGUUGUCAAAGAAAACAUGGAAGACUUCGACAUGGCUGUUGAGGACGCUAUAGAAGAUGCAGUGCAGCAGUUCCAGACUCAGGGUGUUUCUCUCGACAACAUUGUAAAGGAUGGGAGUUUAUACAGUGGAGGAGGAGGAGAUGGUGUCAUCCACCCUGUCAUCAAAGCAGUACAGGAUCUGUCACUCGUAUCAGAUGAUGCGGAAGCUGAGCAGGUCACGUCGAUGCUGUCAGUUGUUCAGUCAGAGUGUGAUGUCGACUUGUCUCACAGAUGUUUGGCUGGAAGUAACGACGCCUAUCCAGUCCUUGUGAAAAUGUGUGGCAAAUACGAAGACAAUCCUGAGAUAUUAACAACAGUCUUGAAAGCAUUUUGUUCCCUUGUCAAUGGACAACCAGACUUAUUGGAUGAGCCUGGCAGUGUGAUGUUCACAGAAUAUUUAAGAAAGUUCAAAUCAAAUGCUGAUUUGUUGGAACUAGUAAUCCGUGCUGUUAGGUUAAUGUGUAUCAAGCAUGAAGGAAAUCGACAGAACUUUGUCAGCAAAGAUAUAAUUGUUAUCUUAUCAGAAUUGCUUGAUGAGUCUAAGAAGAGCCCUGGUGUUGUCAAGGAAACAUGUACAUUGUUUCGAGUGCUUACCAAUGAUGAUGAUGUUCGAGUCCCAUUCGGAAAAGCUCAUGACCAUGCCAAGAUGAUAGUGACGGAAGGCAACGCCUUGGAAAGAAUUCUCAAUAUUUGUAAAGAGUAUGAGAAUAACAGCAACAUUCAGAGUGAGCUGUUCUCAACACUAGCUCGCCUCGCUGUCCGAGACGAGUUCUGUAAUGAGGUCAAUGACCUUGGAGGUCUGAAACUGAUCUUGCAGGCAUUUGAAAAGAAUCUUAAUGAAAAGAACAUCUCUAAGCAAGCUCUUGUGGUGUUGAAGGCCCUGGCAGGAAACGACAAUGUUAAGAAGGUGAUUGUCAAGUCUGGCGGAGUGGAGUUGAUCCUUGCCGCCAUGACGAAGCACCAAGCCAAUGCUUCCAUUGCAGAAUCUGCAUGCUCAGCGCUGGCAACUGUAGUACUACGGAACCCAGGUCAUGUUGCCAAGGUGAUGGAGUGUGUCGGCUAUCAGCAGAUUGUCCAGGCCAUGAAGAUACACAAGGAUGAGCAGAUGGUUCAGAAACAAGCCUGCAUGGCUCUCCGUAACCUUGUAGCCAGAACCCGGGACAACUGCCAGAAUAUUCUGGAGCAAGGAGCGGAGGCUGUCAUCAACGAUGCACUGCAACGUCACUCGGGGCUGGAGGACGAGGCCAAGGCUGCUCUGCGUGAUCUGGGCUGUAAGGUGGAGCUGAAAGAACGCUGGAAGGGAGAGAAAGGACAAAUUGUUCACUGAUACGAAUCGUCACCUUUGGAUGGUUGUAGCUAUUUCAAUAUGGCCGAUUUAAAAUACCAAGUAUAAUCGCACAGGUUUGUUCUGUAUAGAUCAAUGUGCAUGAUCAAGAUGCAUUCUGUAUAGAUCUCUGUGCAUGAUCAACUUGUCUUAAAGCAUCACAAUCCAUUACUUCAUCAUGAAUCUUGGUGAUAGAAAAUGACACUUGACAGAUUACUUUUACAAACAUUUGCAAAUAUCUGAAUGGUGUACCUCAUAGUAUGGACCAUUUGCAUUCAUAUCAUGCAAGAUCACCAUCAUCCACAUUAGGUUGGGUUGUUUGUAUUCACAUCAUGGACAACAAAACCACAAUUUCUCGGACUCACGCAGAGAUGUUGCAUGUUAUUUCUAUAAUCCACAUCAGGGGGGAUAACAUAAACGAGAUAUAUUCCACCUCCUCUUAUUCAUUUGUGAGCAUGAUCCCUGCAUUCUGCUUUGAUUUGCUUGUUUUUCAUAUAUUCUAAGUUAAUUUUUUAUGAAUGUUAUUUAUGUUAACAUAUUAAAAAACCUUAAUGUCAA